GCCUUCCCUGCGCAGUCGGUGUCUCCGCGUCGCUGGGUGGGACUUGGCUCGGCGGCCAUGGGCAAACAGAACAGCAAGCUGCGGCCCGAGAUGCUGCAGGACCUGCGGGAGAACACGGAGUUCUCGGAGCUGGAGCUGCAGGAGUGGUACAAGGGCUUCCUCAAGGACUGCCCCACAGGCAUCCUCAACGUGGACGAGUUCAAGAAGAUCUACGCCAACUUCUUCCCCUACGGAGACGCCUCCAAGUUCGCCGAGCACGUCUUCCGCACCUUCGACACCAACAGCGAUGGCACCAUCGACUUCCGGGAGUUCAUCAUCGCGCUGAGCGUGACCUCGCGGGGCCGCCUGGAGCAGAAGCUCAUGUGGGCCUUCAGCAUGUACGACCUGGACGGCAACGGCUACAUCAGCCGCGAGGAGAUGCUCGAGAUUGUACAGGCCAUUUACAAGAUGGUUUCGUCCGUGAUGAAGAUGCCGGAGGACGAGUCGACCCCGGAAAAGAGGACUGAGAAAAUCUUCCGCCAAAUGGACACAAACAACGACGGCAAGCUGUCCCUGGAGGAGUUCAUCCGCGGGGCCAAAAGCGACCCGUCCAUCGUGCGUCUGCUGCAGUGCGACCCCAGCAGCGCCUCCCAGUUCUGAGGGCGAGGAGCCAGGUUCCCCCGCCUCCCUGCCCUCACGGGCCCUCUCCCGGCUCUCAGCUUCCUCUCCCUUGUGUCUAUCCAGGCUGGGGGUCAGAUUGCACCCCCUCAGGGUCUGCACUCUGGGGGCCCAUGGAGAAGGGAACACUGCAGUCCCCCCAAGGCCCAAGCAAGCAAGUGGUUUGCACCCCCCAAUCCAAGAGACAGUAUCUCCCUUGGGCAAUGAUAGACAGACACAGGCUCUGGCUUGGUCUGCGCCUCCGAGUCAGCCCUACCUUACCUAGACAGAACUUCAACCAUUCCUCCCCCACCCCUCACACACAGCCACGAGGCCAGACUUCCCUCCCCGAACCACCGAGCAAGCUCCCCUCACCUUGUAGAUCUCAGCCUGGCUGGAAGGGGGAAUCAUGCCCAGGUGAGAAGGCUGUCUUUUUAUUUGGAGGGGAGACAAGGAUUCCAGACGUGUGGGGGCUUGUGGGGGAAAAGCUUUCCUUGAGCCAUCCUUCCCUGCAGGAGGGCCUCCACCCUUCCUGCACCUGCUCUUGUUGGCCUGGAGGCCACAGUGCAAAAGGAAAACCUCCGGCUUCCAGCCCCCCAGCUGUGGGUCCCAUGAAUGUCCGCCCGCCUUUCAGCACUUGGAGGAACACAGACCACGGAGCCCUCUAUGUAUUUUGCCUCUCUCAGACACACACACACAGACCCACAGACACAUGGGCAGACACACCUAGAGCCCCACCCACAGUGUCCUGUGUGAGAAGGAAGCACAGGCCCCCUGGCUGAGCCCCCUCCCCCGCUGCAUGCAACUAUGUGGAGCAUCUCUGUUCUUUUUAAUAACUUCAGAAUAAAGUCUCUUUCAGUGCA